AUGUGGGACAAGACGGCAGACGCCUUCAGAUUUUCCGGUGAGCACUUGCUUGACAUACUCUCGUCCAACCGGAACACAAAGCGGUCCGUGCUGCAAGCCUCUGCCCGGAUUUUCGACCCUCUCGGAUUUCUUGCGCCGUAUGUCAUCCGCGUGAAGAUGCUAUUCCAGCGCAUGUGGCAGCAGGGACUGGGCUGGGAUGAAGAGCUGCCAGAUGAGCUUCGCGAAGAAUGGGCAGCAUGGUGCUCUGAGUUGGUGGACCUGCGGAUGGUAAUAUCUCCAAGGUGUCUCCUGCGGGUGGAUGGGGACCUGACUGAGCUGCAGCUACGUGUUUUUAGUGACGCCAGCCCUCAGGCAUACGGGGCCUGUGCCUACCUCCGCGCCGUGAACAGCGCAGGAGAUGUCAGCGUGAAUCUGAUAGUCGCCAAGGCCAGGGUUGCCCCGCUCAAGACACUGUCUCUGCCACGCCUCGAACUAAUGGGAGCGCCUAUGGGAGCGCGCCUUGCUGCAUUCUUGCGUGCGUCUGUGUUUGAUGGUGACAUCGAGGUGUCCUACUGGUCAGAUUCAAUGAUUACGCUGGGUUGGAUCAAGGGGACUACCGUCAAAUGGAAACCAUUCGUAUGCAACCGGGUGACUGAGAUCCAAGCAUCGAGCGAUCGAUCCAGCUGGCAUCACUGUCCGGGAAACUUGAAUCCAGCUGACCUAAUGACAAGAGGGAAGACUGUGGUGCAGCUCAGUGCUCACAAAGGGUGGUGGUUUGGGCCCAACUGGCUUGUCGGUGACCGGCGCGAUUGGCCUGUAGCGAUGUCAGACUGCGGCCUGCCCGGCGACAUUGAAGUCGAACGCCGACAAAAGGUGGACAUUUUGCUGACCGCAGCAAUUGCGCCAACGCUGCUUUUGACGGUGGAGAGCUUCGGAAGCUACAAAAGACUGCUGCAAGUCACCGCCUGGAUCUUGCGCUUUGUAAGGAAUGGUCGAGGGUCAACCAGAUCUCAAGAGCUAUCUUGUCGGCAGCGGAAAUGA